UCACAUCAAGCAAACCUGGAGCAUCCCUGGUCUACCCCAUGCCCUCCCGGAAUGUGUCACUGCAGCUGCAGGGCCUCCAGGAGAAAGACUCCGGACCCUACCUCUGUUCCGUGAACUUGCAAGACAGUCAAGGCACUGUUCGAGGUCACAGCAGCAAGACUUUAGAACUCACUGUGCUGGUUCCUCCAGCUCCUCCAUCCUGCCGCCUCCGGGGCAUGCCCCACGUGGGGACCAACGUGACCCUGAGCUGCCAGUCCCCAAGGAGUAAGCCCGCUGCCCAAUACCAGUGGGUGCGGUCGCCCCCAUCCUCCCAGGUCUUCUUUGCACCUGUUUUAGCACCAUGA